UUGCGCUUUUAUACUGACUCCGCCUACAGGAAAGCUCCUCCUACUGCCAGAAGAGGCGGCGUAUCACACAUAUAACGGCACCUGAGGCUAGAAAUGAAGACUGAGAAACCAACAACACCUGGGGGAAGUUUUUUUCAGACUCCCUGCACAAGAAAUUAUUCUUUUUUUGUUACUGUACUGCUGAAAUGACAGAAAUCUGUGGUUCUGUGGGAGCGAGGCGGACACAGCUGCUGCAGCUCGCGGGCAGAGGAGAAUGGACAGCACUGGAGCAAAUACUAAAUGCUUUAGAAAAGGCAGAACCUGAUCUCUCCCAGGUGGAUGAGGACUCAGGCCUGAGCCUUUUGAUGAUUGCUGUACAAGAGAACCGUCUUCCUGUCGUAGAGAGAUUGCUGGAGCUGGAAGUGAGUCCUGAAGAAAAGACUAAGGAUGGCCGAACUGCACUGCACAUCGCUGCUGCCCACUCCACAAACGACAUUGUGAAGAUCCUGGCAAGAAAAGCAGAUCCAAAUACUCCAGGAGGGCCCAAGGCUCAGCUGCCACUUCAUUACGCUGCCGCUCGACCUAAUGGUUCCCUCGACGUGGCGCAGACUCUGCUCAAAGUCUCCAACAAAGAUGCACGUCUUACACCAGACGAGGAUGGCUACAUUCCACUGUUGCUGGCCAUCAAAGCUGGGAAUGUUGGAAUUGUUAAAGAGCUCCUCUCAGACCUUUCGGAGUCACAGCUGCAAGCCCAGACCACAGGAAGUGGAGACAUGGCUCUGCACAUCUGCUGUCGACUGAAGGAUGUUGAAAUGGCCAAGGUGCUGGUGACAUUCAAUGCAGACCUUGAUUCCCAAAAUGAUGAAGGGCAGACUCCUCUUCACAUAGCAGCCUGGGAAGGUGAUGAGGCAAUGCUGGAGUUUCUGUGCUAUAGGAAAGCAAAUCCCAACAUCACAGACAGGCUGGACAGAUCUCCUCUACACAUCGCAGCUGAACGAGGCUACACCAACAUGGUUGAAAUCCUGUCUGAGAAAUUCAGGUCCAACGUGUUGGAAAGAACCAAGGACGGGAGCACACUACUGCAUAUCGCUUCUGAGUGUGGCCACCCAGGGACAGCGCUGACAUUCCUAAGGAAAGGAGUACCUUUACACAUGCCAAACAAGUCAGGUGCAGUGUGUCUGCAUGUGGCCGCAAAGUGCGGUCACACAUCCGUAGUGCAGGCUCUAAUCCUGAAGGGGGCGCCUGUAGACAUCGCCACUAAAGACGGCCUCACGGCACUUCACAUCGCUGUGCAGAGCUGCAAGCCUCACGUGGUGCAAAUGUUACUGGGCUUUGGUGCACAAGUGCAGCUCAGAGGAGGGAAGGCCCUGGAGACACCUCUGCAUAUAGCAGCCAGGGUGAAGGAGGGUGAGAAGGUGGCAGAGAUGCUGCUAAAGAGUGGAGCAGAGGUCAACACAGAGGACAAGAAUGGUGAGACCGCAAUGCAUGUUGCAGCACGUCAUGGAAGUCUGCAGAUUAUGAAGGCUUUAGUAGAAGAGGGUGCUGAUCUGACCUGGAUAUCCAAGACAAAAGAGACCCCGCUCCAUGUGGCAGCACGUCACUGCCAUGCUCACAUGGUGGAGGCGAUCUUAAACUAUUUGACCAGUAAGAGGAGCCGAGAAGAGGCAAAGCUCUGUGUCCGUCAAGAGAACCAGAAAGGAGAGACCACCCUGCACCUGGCAGCUGAGAUACAGAAGGACAUUGUGCACAAAGAUGAUGAGGAUGUCCUCAUCAUCAGGACUCUGAUGGAGUAUAAUGCUGACAUCACAGCAGCUACCAGACAGAUGGGAGAAACUCCAAUCCAUUACUGUGCCAGAGUUGGCAAUGUUGCAGUGCUGCAGGAGAUGGUCAAUAACGUGCCCAGCAACUGCUUACAGACAGCCAUCAACAAGCAGGACAAGACUGGCAGGUCUCCGUUGAUGUUGGCAGCUGAGCGAGGACACAUGGCGGUAGUGAAGCUGCUGCUGCAGAGCAAUGCCAGAGUGGACGUGUUUGAUGAGGAAGGAAAGUCCGCUCUCCACCUGGCUGCUGAGCAGGGCCGCGAGGACAUUGCUGACAUCCUUCUCUCCUAUAAAGCCUUUGUGAAUGCUAAAACCAAAUUGGGCCUGACUCCACUGCACCUGAGUGCCCAGACUGGCUCAUCUCAUCUCGUUCAACUACUGAUAAAGACUCACCAGGCCUGCACUGACGCCCUCUCUUUGAGCAGACAGACUCCUCUGCACUUGGCUGCCAUCAGCGGCCAAUUAGACGUCUGCAACAAUUUGUUAAACCUUGGAGCCGACAUCACUGCCACAGAUAUCCAUGGACAAACCCCUGUUCACCUGGCUGCAGAGAAUGACCACUCUGAUAUAGUGAAGUUCUUUUUGAAGCACAGGGCUGAAUUAGCCACACUGGCCAACAUUGAGGGAGCCACUUGCAUCAACAUCGCCGCAGCUAAGGGCAGUGUGGCCGUCAUCCGAGAACUGCUCAAGUUCAGCCGCGGAGGUCUCACCAUACUGCACAACAAGGCUAAUGGCUCAUGUCCUCUGCACUUGGCUGCUGCAGGGGGUCACACUGAGGUCGUUAAGGUUCUGUUGGAUGCGGGGGCUUCAGCUAUAGAAGAGGACUUAGAGGGAAUGACCGCUGUCCAUCUGGCUGCCCGGAAUGGACACAUACACAUCCUGGAGGUCUUGAAUGCAAGUGUCUCUCUGGAGAUCAGGAGCUCCAAGACAGGACUAACAGCCCUACACGUGGCUGCCUGUUUUGGACAAGUGGAAGUUGUGAGGGAGAUUCUGACCAAAGUGCCAGCCACAACCUGCAGUGAGCCACCCAGCAGAGACGCCACAAGGAAACACCAGUUGCUUGCUGAGUCUGGGUACACACCUCUGCACUUUGCAGCACAGUCAGGACAUGAGAAUGUGGUGCGCUUGUUGCUGAACUCACCUGGAGUCCUAGCUGACGCUGAGACAAACCCAGAGUGUUUUACCCCACUGCACCUGGCAGCUCAGAGUGGUCACACAGCUGUGGUCGGGCUGCUGCUCAGUAGAUCCAGUUCUCUACUGCACCUGCAGGAUCGGCGUGGCUGCACUUGCCUUCACCUGGCAUCCGCCCAGGGGCACGUGGCAACAGUGAAGGUCCUGCUGUGCCAUGGUGCCGACAUUAACCACACAGACAAGAUGGGUUGGACUGCUCUGCAUUAUGCAUCUAAAGCUGGUUGGCUGGAGAUGGUGCAUUUCCUGGUAGAGAGUGGUGCAUUUGUGCAGGCUGAGUGUCACAUCGGACACACGCCGCUGCAGUAUGCCGCCGAGGAGACCCACCUGACCACUGUCAGCUUCCUGCUCCGGCGACCAGACAACAACACACUAAAUCUGCUGGAGGACAGGAAGUUUGUUUUUGAUCUGAUGGCAUGCGGGAGACUAAAUGCUAACAUUGCCCUGGAAGAACUGGUGCUAUAUUCGGCAGCUCCUCUCCUCACAGCUGUGCGUCUGUCCCGGGCUUUAAGCUUGGCCUCUCUAAAGGAGAAGGUACGCUAUGUUGACCUGAGGUCUGCUGCACACCACUGUGAGAUCAUGGCCUCCGACCUCUUAAAUCUGGCCUCCACCGCUGAAGGUCUGGAUGCUGGGGUGGUGCUCAGGGCAGUUGACCAACGGGGGGCCAGCAUGCUGGACUGUCUGAUAGAAGGGAGGCAGAAAAAUGUGGUGUCGAUUCCAGCAGUGCAGAAGUACCUGACAGAUGUGUGGUUUGGCAAUCUGCAGUGGGGCUCAUGGAAGAUCUUGCUGUUGUUCUUCUGUCUGCUGAUCUGUCCUCCGCUGUGGCUGGCCCUCUCACUUCCAAUCAAACACAGAUUCAACGCCAUUCCUAUUAUGAAGUUGAUGAGUCAUCUGGUGUCCCACGUCUUUCUCCUGGCCCUCUUCAUCCUCACCAUUGUCUACCCACCUAUGAGUCCACCCUCUGAGUGUCGGCUAAUUCCAGGAUGGUGUGAGUGGCUUUUGCUGACCUGGUUGUGUGGUAUGCUGGUAUCUGAGCUCAGCCGAACAGCUGAGCGUGCAGGUUUGGCCUGGAUCAGGGUCCUCCUCUUGGUCUUCUCUGCACUCGCUGUCUUCUGCCACCUGUUGGCUGUUGUCCUCCAGUCGUCGCAUGAAGCUAUCUCACGCUGCCUGUUUGCCCGCAACUUUCUAUUGGCGGUUGCAAUGACACUGGGUUUUAUUCAGUUCUUGGAGUUCCUAAUGUUCCACCACCUGUUUGGGCCAUGGGCCAUCAUUAUCACCAAACUGAUGAAGGACCUGUGCCGCUUUGCCACCAUCCUGCUGCUUUUUCACACAGCUUUCUGUCUGAGCCUUACUGCUGUCUGCCAUCCUCUAACUGGACCUCAGAGCAAUUAUUCAGUGAACAGCAGCAAUAAAAAUGUCAGUGAUCCAAAGACGAACUCAGAGAUGAUCUCAAAGAUCCCUGGUUUGCUGUUUUUUGCUCUCUUUGGCUUAACUGAGCUGGAAGAAAUGAGCAAAAUUAAAUGUUCAGAGCACUCUCCUGAUGUGAUAAAUGGCUUGAUUCUCCUAGUCUUUGGAAUCUAUCUGGUGGUGACAGUGAUCGUGCUGCUCAACCUGCUCAUUGCCAUGAUGAGCAACACAUACCAGCGCAUCCAGGAUCAGUCAGACACUGAAUGGAAGUUUGGUCGUGCUAUACUCAUCAGGGACAUGAGCUGCAAGUCUGAGACUCCCUCCCCAGUCAAUCUGCUUACCCGCCUCUUCUCCUAUGUCAUGGCCCUCUGCAAACAUAGAGGGAAGCUGUGCUCAGGGAAGAGGCAGGAUCUUAUAAGCGAGGAGGAGGAAGCAGAAGGUUUGCCAGAGACCUACUCUCUGAGCACAAUAGGUCACACCUCCAUCCACCUGUUCAGAGGAAGCCAAAGAACACAGAACCUCCCUGCAGGUAGCCCCACUGUGAUGCCCCAACUGGGAGGACAGGUGCACAUAGAGAAUGUGACUGACUGGACAGUGGUUGUACAACGUUUUCUAGCCCUGCGUGGUGAAAAGGACAGAGCACGACCAGAGACAGACAGCCCCCUUUAUCAGCAAUAAACCCACCUUGCUCAGUGUAAUCAUGAUUCAUCUUUAACCAUAACCACCUUUAUUCCUGUUUACAUUGAAGUCUUCACGUUUAGGUGUUUUCAUUGAACGCAAACUACUGCUACUGCCACACAUAGCACUGCUAUUGAUUCAUUCAAAUGUUUAUAAAAGUAUUAUAUAUUAUAUAUUAUAUAUUUGUUUCUUUGUUCUUAUCAUGAUUGUGUAGACACUGACAUUUUAUUACUGAUGUGAUUUUUUUUUUUUUUUUUUUUAACAAAAAAAGUUCAUUUGCUUUGUUUAUGUUAUUAGGAUUAAGUACACUGGAUGAAAAAACUGAAUGAAAUAUAUCAACAAAUAAUAUUUUACCAAUUUUUGUUUCAAUUUGCCUCAAUCUAUUCUUUGGGAUCACUAAAUCAAAAAAUAAAUAGCUUUCUUUGUUAUCAGGCUCAAAGCAAUUUCAGAUUCUUAUUCGCAUUCUUGCAAAUAUAAUAUUUUUGUCUGAGAACUUGUCAUAUAAUGCCUUUUCAAAUGCCAUUUCAAUCUCUUUUGACAAUAAACCAUAGUAUCUUAAAA